CGCCGGGGCCACGAGUGCAAUGGCCAGUGCCAGUGCACAAUUUCCAAACUUCCGUGUGCGAGGCGCUGGCGCCGGAGGGCCGUUUUGGGUCAGGUGUGGGGAGGAUCUGGCAUCUAGGGCGCCGUAUGUGCGUUGUGUGUGAUCUCGUCCUCCGCUUCCGCAUCCUUGAUUUCAAGCUAUGCAUCUUCCCCCCGUUUCCGUAGCAGUUUUGGUUGGAGCCAUAAUGUCUCAAGCUGUCCAGGUCUAGGCCCUCGGAUGGUGGGCGUCCAGCCAGCGUCCAUCUAUUUCCACAAGCAGGCGACAGAGGCAGGGCGCCUUCCAAACCUUGGAAGUGCCCGUGCCGUCGCGCGCUCUGCAAGGCGAGCGCGAGUUUGAGUUCAACCAAGAGUUCGUGAAGAGGCUCGAGCAGGAGGACCUGAGGGUCGCGGUGUACCAAGUUUGCCAGCGGUUCUGCAAGUGGGUUAUCGACCGGAACGACCUCACCGACAGUGUCGCCAGGUACCCGGAGGGCUACCAAGCCACCGUCACGUUCAACUGCAUCGGGGGUCAGGAGCUCUCGGGCGAGAUGGCCGGCGACCGGAGGGAUGCCGAGAAGAGCGCCUCGCGGCAGAUCCUGGAGUUCUACCAGGAUUAGAUGGCGAGCAUGCCAAAAGAACCGAAGGAGAAGAAAACCCGCGGGGGCGCAUGGAAACACCCUGGCCUGGAGCCAGCGGACCCAGAGAAGUUCGGCCCGAAGCAGAUCUUGUACGUGACGGUCUCGAGGAUCCUCAAGCGGACGAUGGACAAGGACGAGUGCAUGUGCGGCGAAACGCAGCAGGCGGACGGCGGCUAUACCAGUCCAUGCUCCGGCUGCUGGGCCUCCCGGGCAAGUGGGGCCUCAUGACCUGGGCCAGGGAGGUGGGCUACAGGAAGAAGGCGGCGGAGCGCGGCGGAGCAGGGGAGGAGGAGGAGGAGGGCUGGCGGCGAGGCGUGCUGCACUGGAGGCCGCAGGGCCGGGAGCGGCACCCGCCGGAGGCACGCGGCCCGCCGCCGUCGCGCCGCAUGCACCGGUGGUCGGCACGCCGCGCGCGGCGGGGCGCUCGUCGUGCAGGGCCACGCUGCCGCGCGCGCGCAGCGCCGAGGGGAGCGGGGCGGGGAUGCGCUCUGGAGCGUCCCGAGGGGGAGAUGAGAGGGCCAGAGCGCGAGGUGCCGUGAGCCCACGGCCUCCGCUGCGCCAGAGACUCUCUGCGAGCGCCGCCCUCGAACGCUGCAGCGGAGCGGCCGCGGCUUCAAGAGAGAGCCUGUGCUUGCAAGGUGCGCCUGCGUCUUGCACUGCCUAUGCC